CUUUUCUUCGUCUUCGUCAACCAGCUAAGCUCGAAUCGGAUCUAUAAUAACUUGGAUUCUCUUAAAAGGAAGCUCAUCUCUAUCUCUAUCUCUAUCUCAUUCUCGGAUUCGAAAGUUCAAACCUUUACGCUUUCUUCUUCUUCCUUCCUCUGUUUCAUGGAAUCUGACUUCCCAAUUCGUCUCUGUUUCUGCUGAGUGUGUUUGUGGAGAUGGCGAGAGGUAGAUCGAUAACUGGUUCUGGGAUAUGUAGAUAUCUGAAUCCAGCUUAUUACCUCAGAAGGCCAAAGCGUUUGGCUUUGCUUUUCUUCGUGUUCGUCUCUGUUUCUAUGGUGGUUUGGGAUCGUAUCAAUCUCUCCAGAGAACAUGAGGUUGAAGUUUAUAAGUUAAAUGAAGAAGUUUCACGGCUGGAGCAGAUGUUAGAAGAGCUUAAAGGUGUUGGCAGUGGUAAGACAUUGAUGACUCAGAAGGAUGUUCCAGAAAAUCCAGUUGAUAUUGAGCGAAGGCAGAAAGUAAAAGAGGCAAUGAUCCAUGCUUGGAGCUCAUAUGAGAAGUAUGCUUGGGGAAAAGAUGAGCUUCAGCCUCGGACUAAAGAUGGCACUGAUAGCUUUGGUGGCCUCGGAGCAACUGUGAUAGAUUCUUUAGAUACACUCUAUAUAAUGGGUCUUGAUGAUCAGUUUCAGAAAGCCAGAGAGUGGGUUGCAACCUCAUUGGAUUUCGACAAGGAUUAUGACGCCAGUAUGUUUGAGACAACCAUAAGAGUUGUAGGGGGACUUCUCAGCACGUACGAUCUUUCAGGGGACAAACUUUUCCUCGAUAAGGCUAAGGAUAUCGCAGACAGGUUAUUACCUGCAUGGAACACUCCAACAGGCAUACCUUACAAUAUCAUCAACUUGAGGAGUGGAAAUGCUCACAACCCUUCUUGGGCGGCUGGGGGAGCCAGUAUCCUUGCAGAUUCUGGCACUGAGCAACUUGAAUUUAUCGCCCUUUCCCAGAGGACAGGGGACCCAAAAUAUCAGGAGAAGGUAGAGAAGGUUAUAACGGAACUGAAUAAAAACUUCCCUGCAGAUGGUUUACUCCCCAUCUAUAUAAAUCCUGAUAAUGGCAAUCCAUCCUACUCCACCACAACAUUUGGUGCCAUGGGAGACAGCUUUUAUGAGUAUUUGCUAAAAGUUUGGGUGCAAGGGAACAAAACCUCGGAAGUGAAGCUCUAUAGGGAAAUGUGGGAGAAAUCAAUGAAAGGUUUACUAAGCUUGAUCAAGAAAUCAACACCUUCAUCAUUUACAUAUAUACGUGAGAAGAAUGGAAAUAGUUUUAAUGACAAGAUGGAUGAAUUGGCAUGCUUUGCUCCUGGAAUGAUAGCUUUAGGAGCAUCAGGUUAUGGUCCUGAUGAAGAAAAAAAGUUUCUAACACUUGCUGAAGAGCUUGCAUGGACUUGUUAUAACUUUUACCAAUCAACACCAACAAAACUUGCUGGAGAGAACUAUUUCUUCAAUGCAGGACAGGACAUGAGUGUUGGAACAUCUUGGAACAUCCUAAGACCAGAAACUGUUGAAUCUCUGUUUUACCUCUGGCGGUUAACUGGGAACAAGACAUAUCAGGAGUGGGGAUGGAAUAUAUUCCAAGCAUUUGAGAAGAAUUCACGUAUAGAAUCUGGAUAUGUUGGCUUGAAGGAUGUCAAUACAGGUGCUAAAGACAACAAGAUGCAAAGCUUCUUCUUAGCUGAGACUCUCAAGUAUCUUUAUCUUCUCUUUUCGCCUUCAUCGGUUAUUUCAUUAGACGAGUGGGUUUUCAACACAGAAGCUCAUCCGCUUAAGAUCGUGGCACGGAAUGAGCAGCGUAAGCCAACUAUAACGUUACGGCAGAGGCGGUUUGGUGGGAUUAUUAAGGGUUAAUAUAACUGGAAUUUGAUAUAUCUUAUUAUAUAAUACAGCGACGUUUGAGGCAUAUUGUUGUAUUAGUUUGGAUAAUAGAUAAAGAACAACAUUUGUAACAACAA